GUAGCCAUCGCAGACUCGCUUCGCGCACGCGCUUUCGACACCGCUCGCUUUUUCGCGCGAAACGGACGUUCGAAAUUUAAAGUUUUGAAGACAUUUUUUAAAUAAUUAUGGCCUGGAUGCGUCCUUUAAGCCAAUUUUGAAGACAAAGGUCCAAUCAGUGCAUAUAGUGAAUUUGAUUGCGUAGAUUAUUUGUCAUAUUGAAGAUAAGUGGAAUUGGAAUCCUGAAAAAUGAAAUCCAGACGUCCGUUCCACACAGCCAGUCUUCUUUUCUUGCUUCACCUGGCCGCGCAUGUGUGCGGUACACAGUUCGCAUCACAUGUCAGCGUGAACACGCCUGUUCACAGCUUUACACAUGGUGUUGGAGACCCGUUGCCGGGGCGCGGGUACCAGGGACAUAGGAGUUCGAGACGACCCCCAAUGCGGCCAGCUCAGCGUCCAACGCAGAAACGCGGCUACCCGCGCGUGAAGCCGCUGGUGCCCUUCGACAGUGAGGAGAUACGUGGCGACGGGUUCAACAGUCUGCUUUGGCCUUAUGAUACCCAACAAGCAAUUAACGGGUUGAAAAACGUCGAUCCCGUGCUCCCGCCAUCGCCCUACAAGGUGGACUCGCCUGACCCGGAGUCGCUCUGGCCCGAGGGUCUGUUCCUUCCGCCGGUCACCACCCGCUUCGGCCUCGGCCGCAGGACUGACCCUGAACCAGAAGUCGAGGACCCAUACCUUCUAAAAGGUUCAGAAGCGAUAGCGGCAGUGGCGCGCGCGCGGUCACACGGCGUUUACUACUUCCAUGACAUACCUCAUGUGACGUCACUACUAGCCAACCAGGAGCUUCGAGCGCAGAAUGACUUGAAGCCACACCGUCUCGGCAGCAUACGGCAUACGUGGCCGUUCAACCGACCUUAGAGCGAACGAAAAGGCUGGCGUCCACUUACGUCGAAUCGAGCCGCGUCGAAUCGAGUCUUCCAUACAUUAAAGCUAGGAACAUACUACGCCGACGUCCGCGGUCGCACGACCGCGACCCGCGACCGCGACCGAUCAGUGUGCACGGUCUUCGGGACGUGGCUUCGGCUCACCAAAUGCAUAUUUAUUGUCUAGAUCCGCGUCCGCGGUCGCACGACGGCGGACGUCCGCGUAAUGUGUUCCUAGCUUUACUAUGAACGGUGAAUUCGAUUCGACGCGCCGCCAAUGGACGCAGUUUCAUAUAUUUUGAUAUUGACUUUACCGGUACGGUACUAUACUACUGUACAGUCGACUACAAAGACAUGUAUCCAUUUUUUCACCUUAUUGCAUUGUAAUAAGGUGAAAAAGUGUAUACAUAUCUUUGUAGUCGACUGUACCAAUAGCUAGCUAUGUAAUAUGUAAAGUGUUAAAAUACUCACUAUACUCAGUCAUUAUAAUGAAAAGCAGUGUCAUAAGGGGGGUACAGACAAACUGCAUCCCAAAUGCAAUAUCGCCGUCCAGUUCCCAUACAAGUUACAGUACGGUGACCAUCAGUGGCCCAUUUCUCAAAGCUGAAAGUUACAAGUUACAUGCGGAAGUCACUGUAUAGUAUGACAAGUUGAAAAGAGACUUCCGCUUGUAUUAACUUGUAACUUUCAGUUUUGUGAAAUGGGCCACAGAUAUACACCCUGUUUUUAUUGAAUUCCGUUAACUUUAAGGGAAGGUUCUAUAGAUCAAAUACUAUUAAUUUCUCUAAGAAACAAGCGUCUUAACCUUAACGGUUUUCAAGUUAUUAAAAUUUUUUAGAUAAUUACUGAACACGUGUGUGACAGCAAUUUACCAAUUCCUAAUGUUAUUUGUUUUGACAUGUGCCGUCAAUCACCUGACACUAACUUGAAUAUAAUUCUUAAGGGUCUCUCACACUAAUAAAUUCAUUUAUUAGGUACCUAUGUAUGAAAACGAUGAAAAUUUUUUUUGCGAAUUUAAUUAAACGUGAUAUUCAGAAUGAUAACUGAUAAUGAACCUAAAGACGUGUCUAAUUUAACGGAAAACAAAAACUUUUAUUUUACAGAAAAACAAUAUAUUUGUAAAAAAGUGUAAAAAUAUUUAUAAAGUUUGUAUAGUACAGUAAAAUAUAACAAAAAUAAUGUUUAUUAUUUGAUCAGUCCUUUCCGUUUCGUAAGUAUUGGCUGCCAAUGUUUUACCAGUAUUGUAAGGCCAAGGAUACAAGUAUUUUCAUAUUUUAUACUUACAUAUUUAGUUUUUUAAAUACUUUUAUCAAAAAUGAGUAUAUAUUUUCGGCUUAAUUUAACAAUCUUUUUCAUAAGGUAUAUUUAAAAUUGACCACGAUGCCGGUCAAACUUAACUAACUCUUAACUUGUUAAGAAGAUCUAUGCAAAAGUAUUUAUUUUACUAAGUUCUUACAAUUAUAAAAAACUCCACAUUUAUGUACUUCAUAGUAAAUAUCACAACUAAUUACAACGUUAUAUCAUAGGACGGAUUUAUAUGGUAAUAUAAUACAAUAAACAGCUUAAAAAUGUGAAGUAUAAAAA